UUUUCAGCUCAACUUGGUGUUCACCAUGUUUGAAACUGCCCAGAAGCGAAGAGAUCGGAGAAAUGCCGCACAUAUGAACGAGGUGAUGAGGCAAAGAAGGCUGGAUAGAGAAGCGGCUGCACGUCAAGGGCUUCCACUGGCUCCCCUGAAAUCCAGCUCCAGCACCGGUGCCAGUGGCUCCAGCUCCGAUCGCUCCUCGCUCGCCAAUCUUGACGCGCUCGCGCACCCGUCAACUCGCUGAAGCUCGUCAAGCUGCUGAAGUCGACGUGAAGCCGGUCCUGCUCCACAAAAGAGAGCCUCGCGAUGAUGGUGGUGAUGGAGGAUCGGGAAGUGGAACGGCUUAGGACUCUCUUGUGCUAUAUUUUAUUUUGAAUGAAAAAUUGAUUUUAU